CCUUUGCAGCUCUAGUGCUCUGGCGGACCGGGAGUUGCCCGGUCCGAGCGCGGCGGCGGGGGCGCGCGUGCGCCAUGGAGCUGGCGCCGUCCGCCUUCCGCGCGGGCCCGGACUUCUGCCCGGAGUGCGGCACGGUGCUGCCCCUGCCCGGCGUGCAGGACCGCGUCACCUGCGUGUGCUGCGACUUCGCCAUCGCCGUGCGAGACUUUGAAGGCCGCCUGGUGCAGUCAUCCGUGGAGUUUCACAGGCCCAGGGCCGCGGCUGUGCCGGGGGGGGGCGAUGGGCAGGAGGUGAAGGGCCCCGUGAUCGACCGGAAGUGCCCCCAGUGUGGCCACGAGGGCAUGGUGUAUCACACCCGGCAAAUGAGGUCGGCAGACGAAGGGCAGACUGUGUUUUACACCUGUGCUGAGUGCAAGUUCCAGGAGAAGGAAGAUUCUUGAUUGGAGCAACAUGGGGACCAAAGAGCAGAGGAGGCUGGGUGUAAUGCCCCCUUCAUACCAAAAGUGCUUGCUUUUGCCAGAGUGAGAUUCUUUCCUUGGCCCAAGACAUUACCCAGCCCUGACAGUAUUGAUUCUGCCUGCAGUUUGAUGGCAUAGAAUGCAUUUGAAGUCCAGAGGAGCGGAGCUGGGGGAUCAACCUCAGAGCGACCCCUGAUUCCUAGUCUUUGGGAAUUCCAAAUCCAAAUUCCUGUUUCAAAGGACUGUUGAGGUGAUUUCCAGAGUUAUAUACCCCUUACACAGGCACAGUCCCCUUUCUGGCUAGUACCACAGAAGCUGUAUUCUGUAAGGAAAUCCUGUUCCUAUUGAGUGCACUGCAUUUUUUUAAUUUGGAGGAGCCUGGAAAAGGGACUGCCUGAACUUUUUGGGUGGACUGCCUGUCUUCCUGGACAAACCUGGCAUAACUCCUUAUGGAUCGUUUAUAAUAAAAUAAAUUAUAUUA